AUGAAGAAGAUAACGACCUAUAUUGAGGGUGCAGGGGUUACCCUGAAUUUACAGGAUCCACUGAUCCUUACCCAUGGAUCUGAACUUUACGUGAAGACUGCUGCCGUGUUUUGGAAUUAUAAGAACGUUCGCAAGGGUUACAAUGACUACAUCUCCGUAGAUGGGAAGAAGAUUAUGAUAGAUGAAGGGUACUGGACCUUUAAACAGCUUUGGAAAGAGUUGCAGAAAAACGGAUUGGCACUUAAGGAAUAUCCUGAUGGGAGGAUAAGGAUUGACUUUGCUAAGGGAACAAAUUCCGCAGGACUCCAAAAUCUCACGAGUAUUUUAGGAUACCGAUCCUCCAAUGGUCCCACAUACACCCCACAUAUCAGCGAUCGUCCCGUAGAUAUUCAUGAGGGCUUGCGAUACCUCACAGUCAGCUGUAACCUUGUGAACCGUGAGCAUAACAUUGGACCGUACGGAAAUCGGAGUACCGUCAUUACUUCCCUUCCCAUUGAUGGAACCAGACCUCUCUUCGGAACCACAACCAAAUACAAUGACAUUGAAAGUCAAGUACGGAUAGAUGCUGGAAAAUACAGUAAAAUUCGGUUUGAAAUUGUGUCUAAUACCGGAGCUGUUCCCGGAGAUGUUCUGUUAUAA